AUUUUUAAGCCGCGCAAAUUUAUUUCUGUGCACUGAAAUUCAUACCAUUUUAAUUUCGCGUUGGACAAAAGUUAUUUUGCAUGCGCGCAAUGAACAUAGUUGUUCAACUUUUCAUUAUCUUAGUUUGAUCUAAUCAGUUUUCCGAAUCCGUUUUUACGCUCUAUCGAUUGUAUGCAGCUUAGUUAUGCUUGCUAAAAGUGUUACAAGAUUCUCCGGUGUAGGAGUUGCAGUUAGCGGGAUGUUGAGACCCAGAGUGCAGCUGAGCGGAUUCAGUUCCAAUAGUAGUGGGGAGGCGACACCAGGACCUCUGUCUGUUCCUGAGAAACAUGGCAUGGACAUCAUCAGGGACCCCAGUCUCAACAAGGGUAUGGCGACUACACUGAAGGAGCGACAAUCCCUAGGAAUACACGGACUACUUCCCCCUAACUUCACAACUCAAGAUGCUCAGGUUGAGAGGUGCAUGAUCCAUCUGGCUGCUAAACCUAACGCUCUGGAGAAAUACAUCUACCUUUGCUCUCUGCAGGACAGAAACGAGCGUCUAUUCUUCCGACUGUUAAAAGAUCACCUGGAGGAACUAAUGCCUAUUAUCUACACACCAACUGUUGGGUUAGCCUGUCAGAAAUACGGCGUUUUGUUCAGACGACCUCGGGGCCUUUUCAUCACCAUCCACGACAAGGGCCACAUCUACGACAUCCUCAAAAACUGGCCCGUCAAAAAUGUGAAAGCAGUGUGUUUCACAGACGGAGAGCGUAUCCUGGGAUUAGGAGAUCAGGGAUGUCAGGGUAUGGGUAUACCUGUGGGUAAGAUGGCAUUGUACACGGGCUGUGCGGCUAUUAACCCCCAGUACUGUCUUCCUGUUACACUGGACGUGGGCACUAACAAUCAGGCACUAUUGGAGGAUCCCAUGUACAUUGGGCUCCGCCACAAGCGUGUCACUGGUGAUGCUUACGAUGAGUUCAUUGAUGAGUUCAUUUCCGCUUGCAAAGCUCGGUAUGGAUCCUCAGUGCUGAUGCAUUUCGAGGACUUUGGAAAUCAACAUGCGUUCAGACUGCUUAGCAAAUAUCUGGAUAACACAUGUUGUUUCAACGAUGAUAUUCAAGGUACUGCGUCAGUUGCUCUAGCUGGAAUUCUAGGCAGUCUUAGGAUAACGAACAAUAAGAUAAGUGAUCACACCUUCGUGUUCCUUGGGGCUGGUGAGGCUAAUCUUGGAAUUGCAGAGCUUAUCUGCUUGAAGAUGGAAAAAGAAGGAGUCCCAAAAGCAGAAGCCUACAAGAAAAUCUUCAUGUUAGAUUCGCGUGGACUCCUCGUAAAAAGUAGAACAAACCUCACUAAGCACAAACUUCCUUUCGCUAAGGACAUGCCAGAAUGUAGAAAUUUAGAGGAAGUUAUCAAAAACGUAAAACCGACCGCUCUCAUUGGUGCUGCCGCUCAACCCAAAACGUUUACCAAGGAGAUUAUCGAGGAAAUGACCCGCAAUAAUGAACGACCAAUAAUAUUUGCGCUCAGUAACCCGACUAGUCAAGCUGAGUGUACUGCUGAAGAGGCCUACAAAUGGUCGAACAACAAAGCAGUGUUCGCUAGCGGCUCUCCAUUCCCCCGAUACGAACAAGAUGGUCACAUAUUCGAGCCCGGCCAGGGGAACAAUGCCUAUAUUUUCCCGGCGGUAGCUCUAGGAGUUAUGUGUUGUGGGUCUAUCAAUAUUCCGGACGAACUCUUCCUUCAGUCAGCUGAGGCACUGUCCUACCUGGUAUCGGACAAAGAUCUGGCAGUUGGUAGAGUGUACCCUCGACUCUCCGACAUCCAAGAGAUCAGCGUCAAGAUAGCAGUGUCUGUUAUAGAAAGAGCAUAUGAGCUUAACCUGGCAACCGUGUACCCCAAACCAGAUAACCUGGAACAGUUUGUGAGGGAUCAGCUCUACUCUACUGAUUAUCCCACCUUUAUUCCGGAAACCUACGAGUACGAUCUUUCCAACUAUCAGUGAGAUUAACGGAGAUAUCUGAGAGAUAAAAACUCCGCGACUCCUGCCUCAAAUUGAUCCAGGGAACGGCUGAAUGUUACGCUGUUACUAAUGUCCGUCUUUUUUUUGUAGAUUAUUAAAUUUUUUGUCCCUCUUAAUAAGUUUGCUGAUUUUGAUGAAAAGACGAUGUUAUGAUUUGAUAAAUUCACGACGAAGUUUUAUAAGUUAUUCAUGCUCUUAUUUGUAUUUGAUACCCUGCAAUUGAAUGCUUAGUUAAUUCGUGUGUUAUUUUUCUGGUAUUUCGAACAAUUUAACAUUAAAUUAAAACAGUAUGUAUAGUACUAGCAGUGAAACUUAAAUAAAUUCUCUCCGGCAACCCACUGUUAUCUCACUCAUAUUUGUAACAUUAUUUCAUAUAAUAUGUUUGGCAAA